GGCCUUCUUCUCGGCCCCGGUCGCCCUCCCGCCGCAGCCGCAGCAGCCACCGCCGCAGCCCGGGCUCAGUCACCCCGCGGCCCCGAGCAUGGAGCCCCCCGACUCCCGCGCCCGGGCGCGCCGGGCCCCGCGGCUGCUGGCGCUCGCGCUCCUGCUGGGGGCGCACCCAGGUGCCCAGGCUGAGAUGCGUGUAUCUGUGCCUCCCCUGGUGGAGGUGAUGCGUGGGGACCCUGUCACCCUGGACUGUACCCCCUUGGGGGCCCCUGACCAUUUGGUGCUGGAAUGGUACCUGGUGGACCGUGGGACCCGCCACCUCCUGGCCUCAGUGGAGCUGCGCGGCUCCGACAUCCAGGGCCGCACGCAUGACUCCCGGGGCCGCAAUCCCCCCUACCAGCUGGACCCCCGGGGGCGCCUGGUGCUGGCCGCAGCCCAGGUGGGGGACGAGAAGGACUACGUGUGCUUGGUGAAGUCGGGGGCCUCGAGCACCGCAGAGGCCACCGCGAGGCUGCGUGUAUUCGCCAAGCCAGAGGCCACCGAGGUGCUGCCCAACAAGGGGACUCUGUCUGUGUUGGAGGACACAGCCCAGGAGGUGGCCACCUGCAGCAGCUUCAACGGGAACCCGGCGCCUGAGAUCUCGUGGUACCGGGACGGGCAGCUUCUGAAGGUGCCCAAGGAGAUGAAGCCAGAUGGCUACGUGACCACACGCACCGUGAAGGAGACCUCGGGGCUACAGUCCCUCACCAGCACCCUCUACCUGCGCGUCCACAAGGCCGACCGCGACUCGAGCUUCCACUGCUCCGCGCGCUACCGCCUGCCGGGUGGCCGCCAGGGCCGCCUCGACAGCGCCUCCUUCCACCUCACCCUGCACUACCCCACGGAGCACGUGCAGUUCUGGGUGGGCAGCCCAGCCACCACGGAGGGCUGGGUCCGAGAGGGCGACUCGGUGCAGCUAUCUUGCCAGGGCGAUGGCAACCCCAGCCCUGAGUACACCUUCUUCCACCUGCAGGACAACCGGGAGGACAUACUGCAGACGAAUCUGGAGGGGAGCCUGACCCUGGAGGGGGUGCAGCGGGGCCAGCGAGGGACCUACGGCUGCAGGGUGGAGGACUUCGACGCAGCUGAGGAUGUAGAGCUGUCCCAGACCCUGGAACUACGCGUGGCCUACCUGGACCCCCUGGAACUCAGCACCGGUGAGGAGCUGCGGGCAGCACUGGGCAACAAUGUCACCAUCAACUGCUCCGUGCUCGGCCUGCCCACCCCAACCCUGCGCUGGACCAAGGACUCUGUUCCCCUGGAGGAUGGCCCCACCCUGCGACUCAGCACCAUCACCUUUGAGUCCACUGGCACCUACACGUGUGAGGCCUCCGUGCCCACCGUCCCCCUCCUCAGCCGCACCCGGAGCUUCAGGCUGCUGGUCCAAGGAUUACCGGAACUGAGGCCAGAGGAGACUGCGCCCCAGCCUGAGGGCGGCUGGAGGGAAGGAGAUGAAGUCCAGCUUACCUGCUUUGCCCGAGGGUACCCCGAGCCCAAGCUCACGUGGAACCAGCCUGGUGGCACUGCUGCAGAGCCAGCCCCCGGUGGUCAGGGCUGGGUGGUCAGCACCUUGAAACUGAAGGUGACCAGUACCCUGAGCCGUGACGGUGUGGUCUGCGAGGCCUCCAACCCCGAGGGCAGUGCCAGCCAUGUCUUCCACUUUGGCAACGUGUCCCCCCAGAGUGCACAGGCUGGUGUGGCCGUCCUGGCAGUGGCCGUCAGCGUGGGCCUCCUGCUCCUGGUGGUGGCCGCCUUCUACUGCAUGAGACGCAAGGGGCGUCCCCAUUGCUGUCGGCGUGGAGAGAAGGGGGCUCGGCCCCCUGGCGAGCCCGAGCUGAGCCACUCAGGGUCGGCAUCCGAGCGGCCUGAGCAGACGGGGCUCCUGGUGGGAGGCGUCCCUGGAGGAGCCCAGCGCGGCAGCGGGGGCUUCGGAGACGAGUGCUGAGCCCCAGGACCCUGUCCCCCACCCCAUCAGAAGACCACGCCAAGGCCGCCCAGAGCCGAGGGCUUGAAGCCCUGCUCACGCCUCCACCCCGCUCCUCCCGGCCCCGCCCGGGCCCCGGCCGGCCCUCCCUUCCUUCCUCGGCUGGAGGGCGGGGAGCAGGGAGCGGGCGCGGGAGGGGGCCUUCCUCCCCGGAGUGUGACUCCCAGGACCAGAAUAGCUGCUGGCCCCGUGCCCAGCCGGCCUGGGACCCGGCUGGGAGGGAGCGAGGGAGGGUCGGCGGCCUAUUUUUACCUCCUGCCUUCAUGCUGCCCACCCUCCACCACCCCCACCUGCCGUCCUGCUGCAGAGUCUGACACUGGACCCCCGCACCCCACCCACUCCCAUGGUCUGUGGACACUGGAGUCUGGAAUAAACGCUGUCUGUCAUCUCCAAGCCA